AUCACACCUAUGAGCUGCGAACUGCAAACCACCCUACCCAGCUAAAUCCGUCCAAAUCUAUUUGUUUUUGUUUACUAUAUUUUUUCUUAAGAUUUUAUCAAUUUGUUAAAAAAAUUGACCUUAUAAAUAAACCAUAUUUUUGCAUUUAUAAUUAAAAAUACUAAGAAUUAUCGUAUAACUUACAAAAAUAAAAGUUAAGUUAAAAUAAAUUAAACAAAAAAAUGUCAAAUGAAAAUUGGAUGGGUCAAUUAUCGGAAAAUGCCAGAAGCUUAUCAAUUAUAAACAUAGCGAUACCAGGAUCGCACAAUUCGAUGACUUAUGGCAUUAAUUCAAAAUCAAAACCUGCACCUGAUGCUGAACAAUCUACACGACGAUUAAAUUAUAUAUUUCCAUGGUUUGUUCGACGUUGGGCUAUAACGCAGUCUGCCGACGUAUUACAACAACUUAAACUAGGAGUCAGAUUCUUCGAUUUGCGUAUUUGCCAGAAUGAAGAAAAAUUUUACUAUUGCCAUGGAUUAUAUUCCAUGACAAUCAUCGAUCCACUUUUAGAAAUCAUUAAUUUUCUAGAAAGUCAUCCAAAGGAAUUUGUAAUUUUGGAUUUUCAGCAUUUUUACGCAAUGCAACCGCAGCAUCAUAUCCGAUUACAUAAUUAUCUGAAGCAAAUGUUUGGAUCACGGCUAUAUACAAGAAACGACGGACCACUAUCUAAAUGCACACUUAACUAUUGCCAUCCAAAUGGCAAGCAAGUAAUAAUAAUUUAUCGUCGUUUUGUUAAUUUACCUCAAGAUUUUUGGCCGAGUUUGAGUUGGCCAACACCAUGGCCGAAUGUUUGCAGUGUCAAGAAGCUUGAAGAAUAUCUGGACACAGCUUUGUUAACACGUCAGCCAAUGAAUGGAUAUGUUUCACAGUGCAUUUUUACACCGACCGUUAGAUACAUAACACUCAGGUUUCUUUCAUCUCUACGCAGCAGCGCAAAAAAGGUCGAUAAGGAACUUUGUUCUUGGAUUAAAUCUCAACAACCAGGCCCAUUCAAUAAAAACAAGCCUACUGUUAACGUAUUCCUGGGAGAUUUUGUCAAUUUAAAGGAUGGACAAUUUUGUCAGUGGGUUAUUGAUUUGAACUCUUGUUUAGAAUGUGAUACGUAAAUUUGUCUCAAUUACUCAAAAUACUCAAAAUUAUGUCGAAUGCAGAAAAUAUAAUACAUGUAUAAGCUUUAAAGUUAUAGGCUUUUUUUUAAAGGCCUUGCACUUAUUUUUUAUUUAUAGCUUUAUAUUUUUUUUAAACUAACGAAUUUUAUACACUAUAUUGUUAUAUUGUUAACUGGGUAAAUAAGCUCAUUUCUAUUUUAUAAAUAAAGAAUUUUACAUAAAUAA